AUGCACCUCUUCCUUAAAGCCCUCCAAGGGGAGGGAUUUCUCCCUCUCUGGCUUCUCCCCGCGUUCGAGCUCCGUGAUCCGGCCCGCCGGCGCUACGAGGUGCCGCUGGAGACGCCGCGCGCGGGUGCCCGCGCCACCGCCACGCUCUACGGGCUGCAGUUCAGCGAGGAUCCCUUCGGGAUCGUCGUCUACCGGGAGGCCACAGGGACGGUGCUGUUGAACACCACCGUGGCACCCCUGCUCUUCGCAGACCAGUUCCUGCAGAUCUCCACUUCCUUGCUGUCUCCUUUCAUUACUGGGCUGGGAGAACAUCUGACAUCCCUCAUCCUCAACACGUCAUGGACCAAAAUCACCCUGUGGAAUCGGGACAUGGCACCUGUGCGGCGUUCCCGGCUCGGCUUUGCCCCGGAGGCAGGUGCUGCUGGAGCGAGCUGGCAGUGCCUGUCCUCCACACGGCCCUUCAAGGUGAAGGGCUCUGCAGGUCGCCUUCCUGCUUGGCCUGUCAGAUGGUACCCCUUCAUGCCCCCAUACUGGGGCCUGGGAUUCCACCUCUGCCGCUGGGGCUACUCCUCCACCGCUAUUACCCGAGAGGUUGUGGUCAACAUGACAGCAGCCCGCUUCCCCCUGGACGUGCAGUGGAAUGACUUGGAUUACAUGGAUGCCAAGAGAGACUUCACCUUCAACAAGAAAACUUUCAAGGACUACCCGGACAUGGUGCGGGACUUCCAUCAGAGCGGCCUGAGGUACAUCAUGAUUGUGGAUCCAGGGAUCAGCAGCUCUGGGCCUCCUGGCACCUACAAGCCCUACGAUGAUGGACUGAAGCGAGGCGUAUUCAUCCGGAACGCCACGGGACAGCCCCUGAUCGGGAAGGUGUGGCCUGGCCCAACAGCCUUCCCAGACUUUACCAACCCAGAGACACGUGAGUGGUGGUAUGACAUGCUGAAGGAGUUCCAUGACCAAGUGCCUUUUGAUGGCAUGUGGAUUGACAUGAAUGAGCCAUCAAACUUCGUGGAGGGCUCGCAGCAGGGCUGCCCAAGCAACAACCUGGAGAACCCACCCUAUGUACCAGGUGUGUUUGGAGGACGCCUUCAAGCUGGAACCAUUUGUGCCUCUAGCCAGCAGUAUCUGUCAUCUCACUACAACCUCCACAGUCUGUACGGGCUGACAGAGGCCAUCGCUUCCCAUGACGCCCUGGUGCGGAUCCGGGGCACGCGCCCCUUCGUGAUCUCCCGGUCCACGUUUGCUGGUCACGGGCGCUAUGCUGGUCACUGGACAGGGGAUGUCUGGAGCGACUGGGAACAGCUGUACUACUCCAUACCAGAGGUGCUGCUCUUCAAUCUCUUCGGGGUGCCCCUGGUCGGGGCGGACAUCUGUGGCUUUGCGAGUGACACAACGGAGGAGCUGUGUGUGCGCUGGACCCAGCUGGGCGCCUUCUACCCCUUCAUGAGGAAUCACAACGAUCACGGCAACCGGGCUCAUUCCGCCGGGGAGACGGUGGCGCGUCCCCUCUUCCUCGAGUUCCCAAAAGACCCCAACACCUGGACUGUGGACCGCCAGCUUAUGUGGGGUGCGGAGCUCCUUGUCACGCCGGUGCUCGAGGCAGGACAGACCAAAGUCAGCGGCUACUUCCCUGCAGGAACGUGGUACAGCUUGGCUGGGGACUCAACCAUCCACAGCAAAGGCCAGUGGAUCCUCUUAUCAGCUCCCCUGGACACCAUUAAUGUGCAUGUUCGGGCAGGACACAUCCUGCCUCUACAGGAGCCUGCGUUCAGAACUGCCGAGUCCCGCAAGAAGGGGAUGACGCUAAUCGUGGCGCUGACGACGGAUGGGUUUGCCAGGGGGGACCUGUUCUGGGAUGACGGCGAGAGCUUGCAGACCUUUGAGAACGGGGACUACACCCAGCUGCUCUUCCUGGCGGCACAUGGCGCCGUGCUCAGUGAGCUCCUGCGGACGCGCGGCCAGGCGGACGGGCUGCUGCUGACAGCCGUGACCGUGCUGGGUGUCACCAGUGCCCCCUGGCGAGUCCUGGCCAAUGGGACCCCCGUGGAGGACUUCUCCUACCGCAGCGACACCCAGGUGCUGACCGUCCCCGUGUCGCUGCCCAUGUGGGAGCCGUUUGCCAUCACCUGGUCCUGAGGCCGCCCGCCCCGCAGCGC